AUCUGGGAAAAUAUGUAAUUUUAACGUUUUCAUUUUUGGUAGCACUGAAUUAGCUAUGAUACCACAUUUUAUUGUUAUCUCAAUUAAAAUAACGUAUUUUUUUGUUUGUCCUUUGACUCAUUUGACUAGCGACGAACUGACUACUACUGUCUACUCGUCAUAUUCUGUGUUACAACUGACUGUUGAAAAUUGUGCUUACAUUGUAAUAUUCUGUGCUAAUACCGAUCAUUAUUUUUGUAUUUUGUAUUUUUUGUGCGAUUUAUAUUUAUAUAAUCAUCAUGGUGUAUGUAUGCCUUGUGAAAGGUUGUAUAAAUUCGUAUAAGUACACCACGAAGAAGUGUAAACUGUUUAAGUUCCCUGAAGAUGAAUUUAUGUCUAAGCAAUGGUUGAUAAAUUGUAGUCGAGAAGAUUUAAUUGGAAAAUCAUUGACAUACUUUAAGGUUUGUUCAGAUCAUUUCCUGGAGUGCAUGUACAAAAACAUAGAAAAAAAAGUUCUACUGCCCCAUGCUGUUCCUACUGAUUUCAGUAAUUACAAUUUUACCUAAUGGCUAAUAUUGAAUAUUAUUUUAUCUUAUACUGACAAUUUUUUUA